AUGCUCCUCUUGCAGAAGCUGGAAGAGGAGAACCACAAAGUGAGCCGGCGCAACAUGGAGGUGCAAGCACAGCUGGCCAUCCACUUGAGGAGAACGACCCCCCCUGAACAAGACCCCGAGCCGGACAUGAAGGAGUACCAUGAGUGCCUGGAGCGCCUGACGGAGCUGAGGAAGCAGAGGGCUUCACAGAUGGGGAGAGCUCGACAAAAGGAAGAGGAACUGAGACUUAACAACCAAGAGGCGCACAAUGCGGUAGCAAAAAAAUACAAAUUUCCGAAAGGAAAAAAAAUCCACUACACCAACAAAGUAUUUGUACUUACGACACGUGACCUUGGUGUUUGUUCUCAGGUGGAAACUGAAUGGCGAUUCCUGUUGGGUUUGAAGAGGAAGCUAGCCGUCUCGCUACUGAGAGAACAUUUGCCUCCAGGAGCGGUCCGAGCCAAGGUGGACGCCGCGCUGGGGUCCGAGCAGCUCCGUCGCCAAGAGCUGAGGAAGCUGCGUCUAACCCACGCUGGAGUGGAGAGCAGGGUGGUCCGUCUAGAGGCCAAGCUCGUUGAGGAGGAAGAGGAGGAGGGGCGGGACCUCUUGCAACGGCAAUUUAAGCACCUGCUGGCCCAAAGGAUGCAGCAGAGGAAAGCGGACGAGCGUAGGAGUCAAGAGGCCUCCAAGCUCCAGAGGAACAUCAAGCGUACAUUAGAGUUGCUGUGCAACAUAAAGGAGAAGCUGCACUGGAGUCAAACGGAGGUGCAGACCAAGCGGGAGCAACUGGCCCAGCUGGAGGUCGAGCUAACCUCCAAGAGGGACUUGCUGUACCGGACUAAGCGGGCCGCCAGCGGACUACAGAGGGAAAAUGUGGAGCUGAAGCAGACGCGGGGACUGCUAGGGAACACCCUCCUCUUGUGGGACUUUGGGGUCACCAUGGGCGAUGCCCAACGACUGGAGGACAAACUGGAGAAGCUCAAACGUCGGCGGGAAGAAAUUGCUUCAGCAUAGUGGUCCAUUUAAGCAGUGGUCCAUUUAUAGUUUAAUUCAUGCCUUGACCAGACUUCAGACUCAUCAGAGAUGCUGAUUAUUAAUCAUGCGGAAAGUUCUCAAAACUUCUUCCUACUCCUUUUCGAGCUGUCCUAAUUAUUGUUGAAUAGGUUAUUUACGACUUGCUUGGGACAUUUUGUUGUUGUCCUGUUUUCUUUUUCCUUUUAUAUUUUACUGAUAUCUCGAAAUAAAAUUGAUCAAUAUUAACGUGUGCGGAUUGCUAGAGAUGCGUUUUGUUCAUGAAACUUUAUUUGGCUCAUACCAACCUAUUGGAGAAUGGAAAAGUUCUAUUCAUCAUUCAUAUAAUUUCAUAGAUUAGGUGAAAUGAAGGGAAACUGAUUUACACGAUUAGUUUAUUGGAGUUCCAUUGACAAACUACGAGCCCCCUCAAAGUUGGCAUUUUCAUUGUUAGCCAGCAGAUGGCAGCAUUGUCCGAUAAAAUCACAUCAAGCGCAAUGUCAGCAUGUUAUCAAAUCUAAGAUUUGUCACUUAGCAAUUAAAUGAUUUAAAAGCGCAGUUAAUUGAAAUGCUUUGAUUUCCUACAACUAAUCAGACCAGAUGGAUUCUCAAUUAAAAUAAAAAAGUCAAA